UCCGAACGCAGUGAGCGCUGUGCGGCGAACGCACCCGAACGCGAUCUUUAUUCAACACGAGCGCGCCGUCAGUCCGGAGGUGACCGCGGGCGGGGCGGCACGUGCUGUGCACGCCUCGCGACAUUACAUUGUGUUUAUGUACGCCAUUGUUUUAAUUCAAUCCGUCUACAAUCAAUACGACAUCGGAGUGAAAACACGGCCUAUUUGCUGCAUUCACUAGAAUCUAGUGCGAUAACAGUGACAGUAAAAUUUUGUCUGUAAGAAGAUUAGAUGCAAGACACUAUUGACAAGUGAAACUCUAUCGUACAAUUUUGUCAGAAGGAGGUUUUUGUUUGUGACAUUGUUAUUUGACUUAAAAGGUGUUAGUGAUCUGUUGUAUAGGAAAGCAUGCAAAUCAAUAAGCCAGUGGAUGCCCAGCUCUGAAUACCCGAGAGCUCUUACGGUGCGGUGUAUUAUACGGUUGCAUAUUGAUUGGUUCUGUACCGGGAUCACUGGAACUUGUCAUUCAAUUAACGAUCAAACUAGUUGGGAGUUCAUUGGUACUAAGAGUGUUGAAGACUGAAGACAAGGCUUAAGAGGACAUCUAAUUUUAACUUAUUUAGAAACAGUGCAAGAACAUCUCGUGAUGGUGCGCUCGGACGACAGUGUGAGAUAGCCGCCGCGCGGUAUACGAAGUAUGGGUGCCAACAUGGGCAAGAACUCGAGCCUGCUCGAUGCGCUGCCCACUGCGCAGGGCACGCUGCACGUCGUCAUGCUGGGGCUCGACUCCGCCGGCAAGACCACCGCGCUCUACCGGCUCAAGUUCGACCAGUACCUCAACACUGUCCCCACCAUCGGGUUCAACUGCGAAAAAGUCAAAGGCACACUAGGAAAGUCCAAAGGUGUCAACUUCCUAGUAUGGGAUGUCGGUGGGCAAGAAAAGCUACGACCUUUAUGGAAGUCCUACACUAGAUGCACGGACGGCAUCAUUUUUGUGCUAGAUUCAGUAGAUAUAGAACGAAUGGAGGAAGCCAAAAUGGAGUUAAUACGGACGGCAAAGUCUCCGGACAACACGGGCGUGCCGAUCCUCGUGCUUGCGAACAAGCAGGACCUGCCAGGCGCCAAGGAGCCGCGCGAGCUGGAGAAGCUGCUGGGGCUGCACGAGCUGGUGUCGUCGCCGCACGGGUCGCGCGACGCGCACGCCUGGCACGUGCAGCCCGCCUGCGCCAUCACCGGCGAGGGCCUGCACGAGGGGCUCGAGGCGCUCUACGAGAUGAUACUCAAGAGAAGAAAAUUAGCCAAGUUGCAGAAAAAACGAGUCAGAUAAACUAUAUUCUGCCGCGUUAGUGUUUGUGACAAGUCAGCCGUGCGCUGCUAACGGUACGGUUCGUGAACGUUAAGUAUUUUAAAAUGCUCACUGUAUGGAUGAUUUUUAUAACGUCCGAGAUAGAAACACCAAAUAUUGUUUUACUAUAGAUGUAUAACGUCUUAUGAAAUAUUCCAUCAUCAUGUUGCUCAAGUUAUAUUGAACAUUUUGAAGGAAACGAAUAUUAUAAAUUAAAUUAACUACUAGUCAUUUUCUUUUGAAAAUAGCUAGGUGGGAGAUAAAGGUAGUACUACACUAAAUCAUAGAUAUGUCCGUUUGGUACGACCACUUCUGGCUUACAUACAUGGUAAAUGAUAGCUUGUACAGGGCCACUUGAUCCGUGGUCAGCCUAAAUAUGCAAAUCCAACGACAUAUACUUUUUAGAUGGUUUUCAUAGUUUGCAGAACGUGGCUCACACACAAUAUAAUGUGGGACCAUUAGUGUUACAGUAUUUAGGUAACGUUAAUGCGUGGUUGAGAUGCAGUUGCUGGUAAAUAGAUGAAAGUGUCAACUUAUAAAUUAGUAAUGUCUGUGAGAACUCACUAUAUGUAUCUUUCUGAAUGUCAUGCUUUAUAUCAUGUGUGUAUUAAAUUAUCUUUUGUGGUGUAAUUUAUUACAAUACUUAAUGGCUAAACUUCGUACUUUUAUCGGAAUAUCUACCUACCUACUGCUGUAUUUUAUCAUAUUUUGUAAAAUAUGAAUGUGUACUUUUCCUUCUGUCCAAUCCUUAAAUCUUAAAUCUCUUUAAAUAAUAUUAUGUUAUGCAAACACCCAUUCGUUAUUGUUGCCCCAUAUGAUACAUUCUUUUCUCUGUAUUUCAUGUGUUGUAGCUAAACAUUAGCAUGUAAAGGAUUUACAUUUUAAUGUGAUGUCAUAUAGGCAUUAUUUACAACAUAAUUAUGAAGAGGCUUGUACUAAGUUUAUGUUGGGAGAGCUUCUAGUUUUUGUACAUAUACAUACACAAUUGUAAAUACUGUACGGGAAUAUAUCAUACGAAAUAUACAACGUAAAUAUGUAUGUCUUUCGAAUACAAUCAUUAUUUGGGCUUAUAACAGUUAUAACUACGGUACUGUCCUAAAAAAUACUUUUGUGUUCAGUUUUAUAUUAGUUUUUACUUCACAAGACAUAUAUACGUAUAUGCAAUGAAAACAAUUUCACUAAUCAACGAAUUGUUGAGUUCGUCACACAGUCACAACUUGUAACUUUUGCUUAUUGUUUUGAAUACUGUUACUAUUUAAUUGUAUAACUGAUACAAUAAGAACAUUAGAGCUAUGAUAGCUGUAAAAUUGAAAGACUAGCCCCGGCCAUUAUAAAAGACUUUAGCGUCGAUUAAAGUUUCAAGUAAAAGCUUUAAACUUCUUACAGAAGAAAAUGUUUCGUCAUCAUUGUGUUUAUUAAUAGUUUUAAUUAGUACCUAUUUAUUUAUUUACUCAUAGAGGUAUAACUUAUUACUAAGACAUAUUUGAAUGAAGCUUUUACCAUUUUGUGUUAGGUAUCCACUUUGUAAAUAUGUAAAUUCCAAGUAGUUACUUGUCAAAUACCAUGAAACCAAACAUUUUUAUGAGUAGAGCAUGUACAUUUUGUUAUUAAAGUAUAUUUGUUUUAUUAUAUCUAUAUACUAUAUACGUAUUAUUGUAUUGUGUUUUAUGGAGAUACAUAUACGUUUUUUCAUAUUGAACCCCGUAAAUAAACUGUUUUCAUUAACAAA